AUGUUGUUUAACCCUGCCGGGCGACUACACCCGUCCACGCCUCCAGUCCAGUCCAGUCCCGUCCCGAGGCCCGUCUUGAUGGCCGAGGAGGACCCCCAGCAGCUGCAGCAGCAGCAGCAGCAGGCAGACCGCGGGGCGGGGAGCCUGCCUGGCCUGCUCCCCGGGCUGCAGGGCGCCGAGGCCAGUGCUCUGCAGCUCAGGAUCAAGAACUCCAUCUGUAAAUCUGUUCAAUCAAAAGUGGAAAACAUUCUGCAAGAUGUCGAGAAGUUUUCUGACAUCGAAAAACUCUACCUCUACCUUAAGUUGCCUUCUGGUCCCAGCAGUAGCACUGAUAAAAGUGACCAGAGUGCCCUGUCGUCAAGCCGCACACAGCAGAUGCAUGCGUUCAGCUGGAUCCGCAAUCAUUUAGAGGAAUACCCAGAGACCUCUCUUCCCAAACAGGAGGUCUAUGAUGAAUACAAGAGCUUCUGUGACAAUCUUAAUUACCACCCACUGAGUGCCGCAGACUUUGGAAAAAUGAUGAAGAACGUUUUCCCGAACAUGAAGGCGCGUCGGCUUGGCAUGAGAGGAAAAUCAAAAUAUUGCUACAGUGGACUAAGGAAGAGGCCCUUUGUUCACAUGCCAUCAUUACCCACUCUGGAUCUCCAUAAAACAGGAGAAGGACUCCAGUGUGAUGCCCUGGAGUCACCAGGCCAGCUGAGUAGCAUAAAGGAGGAAGUGCGUUUUGCAGCCUGUGAUCUGGUGUGUGAGUGGGCCCAGAAGGUGCUGAAACGCCAGUUUGAUGCUGUGGAGGAUUUGGCUCGCUUCCUAAUUGACAGCCAUUACAUCAGUAACAAGUCUCUGGCAGCUCUCACUAUCAUGACCGGCACAGCAACAGAGGUUAAGACUCCACAGUCGGUCUCUGCCUUCAUCCCCAUGGCCGAGGCACACUCCUUUCAGCCUCACGCCACCACUCUGUCGUCGCCUUCUGUCGAUGCGAAGCAGCAGCUCCAGAGGAAGAUCCAGAGAAAGCAACAACAACAAGAACAGAAGCUUCAGUCUCCCUCACCUGGAGAGGGACACACCAAGAGGGCAGAUGACAGCGUGCCUUGCGGAAGCCCCACAUCUCCAUCACCUCAGCCAACCAUAGGCAUUGUGGUCACUGCUGUUCCAAGCCCCAUCACGGUACAGAGGAGCAGGCAGCUGAUGUCCCCCAGUCCGGUGGGAACAGUGGAGAGCAAAGUGCUGCCUAUUAACUUCCAAAUGGUGACGCAGCCAGUUCAGCCAGUGAGACAGAGCCCCAAAACCCCACAGAGUAUCUUAGCCAGCCCAGUGGGGGAACGAACUGCCCGGCAGCGCUACACUCAAAUCCUGCCCAAACCUUCAGCUACGACUGCUAUUGCGUUGCGCUCGCCCUCCACCAUGAUCAUCGCCAACAGCCCCAUUAAGACUGUGAUGACCACAUGCCACGUCAGCCCAGUCAGUUUGGUCAAGAUGACGGCCAUAUCGCUGGCACCCAACAGCAGCAGUACCACCACGUCCCUUACAAAUGCGACUCUGCGGCCGGCGUCUGCGGGUAUCAGCAGCUCUGCGGUUGCAGAAGACAUCAGUUCCAAUCAGACCACGAGGAGCGCCUCUGCAGUCCCCAUUCUGGCCCCGGUGGCCAGGCCAGGGCAGGCCGCUACCACUCCGGGCAUCGAUGUUGAAAUGGAAGUUGAAGCUAUACAUAAAAACAGCCAAAUGCAAAAUCCCAGCAGUCUCAUUUUGGCUCAAGGAGUGAUGACAAAUAGAACCGGAGGGGCUGUGCAGAGGGCUGCCAGUGUGCCCAUACCUCAAACUAAAGGCUUCCUGGGUCUGGAGGAAACACCUGUCACUAAAUGCAACGGAAAGGCCUCCUCAAGCACUAACACCGCAGUAGCAGUCGAAAGCAGCAAUACCAGCGCUAAUAAUACAAGCACUUUGCACUUAACUCCCUCCUCUCAGAAUACCAGUGCUGUUUCUAUGCCGAACACCAGCAGAGUACCUUCAUUUGGGGAAAGCAGCAGUGUAACAUCAACAAAGGAAGGUUUCUUGUCUACUAAGAGCGUCAGGAAACGCUCAGGCCUCAGCCCAGACCUUUCACCAGUCAAAAGGGUUUUUAUGCCUCAGCAGCCAGCAGGUGGCGCCGCCGGUCUUGGAUAUGGCGUCAGGAACACGGCCAGUUUCGUCUCCAGGCUGGGAGCUCCAGCUAGACCUGAAAGUGCACCAGCCACCAGGGAGGUGGAGGUGAAAAUGAACUCUGUCUUGUCCCCUCAGGUCCACACACUAUGCAAUUCUUCUUUCAGAACCAGUGGCUUUUACUCUGUUGCCAAAACACAGAGCUCAAUGCAGAGGAAAAACACGUCCACUGUUAUGGAAACUAGCACCUCAGUCAGUCACGCAUUAAUACAGCAACAGCAGGGGCACACGUUGGCUAAUGUGCAUGUCAUACCUGAUAACCCGGGCCUCCAGAAACAUUCAGGUGAUGUUAGGAGUUCAACCACAGGGAGCCUGGAAGGAGCUCAACAACAGACCUACACUCAGUCCAACCCUACUCCUGAACCAUUAGACUUUUUCAGUCAAGCUUCAUCAUCUAAUCAGCUCCAUAUGCAGACAGAUAUGGACUACUUUACCUUUGAUGAUGAUGUGACUCAGGACAGCAUUGUGGAGGAGCUGGUGCAGAUGGAGGAGCAGAUGAAACUUAACAACUUGCAGGAGUUUGGGGGCUGUGUCACACUGCAAGGCCAACAGGCUGCGGUGCCGGACAACAUAAUGUCCACCAGUCAGACCAUGACCGCUCUCUAUCACACCGCAAACAACAGGAGCAACCCAAUCCAAACUCCAACCCCGACACCCACUCCCACGCCAACAUCAGAGAUGAUGGGAGGAACCCAAGGCCUCACAGGAGAGAGCCCCUGCUCCCGCAUCACCUCCACCACCCCAGUGGACAGCGCACUGGGGAGCAGUCGGCACACCCCGGUCGGCACUCCGCACUCCAGCUGCAGCAGCACCGUGCCCCCCAGUCCAGUGGAGUGCAGGAACCCGUUUGCGUUCACGCCCAUCAACUCCAGCAUCACCAGCUUCCAUGACGGCAGCACCGUCUCCAGCAGCCCCGUCAAGCCCAUGCAGAGGCCGAUGGCCACCCACCCCGACAAGACCAGGUUGGAGUGGAUGAAUAACAGUUACAACAGCAGCAGCGGGAGCUUAAACAAGUCAAACAGUGGAAUGGGAAUCCUCCCUAGUUAUCAAGGCCUGAUAGAUGACCAUUUUCAAAAACCUCACGCCUUUGCCGUUCCUCACGCACGGCACCACGACAGCAAUUUUGGCCGCUUGACUCCCAUCUCGCCUGUUCAGCAGCAGGUAGCUAGCAUGGCUAACACAACCAUGCAGGAGGGCUUUGCCGUGCCUGCUCCUCUGGAUAACAAAGCCACUAACUCACCUGCCGCAAAUUUUCGAUGUCGCAGUGUGAGCCCCGCCGUGCAUCAGAGGAAUUUUAGCGGAAACACAGGAAAUGUUCCUAAUGUCCUUCGUUCAGUAGUGUCACCCUUUAACUCUCCUGUGACUCCUGAGGUGCUGAACAUCUUUGCAAACAGCCAGACAAAUCUUGGGGUGAGCAGCAUGGCCCAGCGGAGCCGCUCUGUACCACUCAACAUCAUGAUGCAGACGGAGGUCAUGCCCACGCCGGGCCAACAAUGCAACAGCAAAAACAUCACCGGCAUCCUCCUGAGCAAGCUGGACGGGGACCACGAUGAUGCUUUGCGGGGCCUGGGCAUCAAUAAUUUACCUUCCUGCUACACUGCACGCAUGAACCUCACCCAGAUCCUCGAGUCUGACCCCAGCCUCUCCUGCUCUGACAACCACCUCAGCCUGAUGACCUCUGACUCCACCAGCACAUGCAAGCUGCAGAGGCCAGAUUACCUCAUAGAAAAUGCCAUUAAUGAACAAAUGAUUCUCUCUGCAAGCGACAGCCGCGUACAGUCAGCCUCUGGGGAACAUCAUCAGGCCCAGUCUAUGCUGUUAAGUUUGAACCCGCAGCAGCAGCAGCAAGAACAGCUACAACAGCAUCAGCAGAUGGAUUUCAGCAGCACCGUCAAAGACCUCCUGACAGAUAACAGCCUCGCUGCUGGCAGUCAGCUCAUUGAACAGGUGUCGGAGCUGAGUACAGGCGGGGCAGAUUUCCCUUGUGAAAUCAGAAUGACAUCGGAGCUCUCCAGUAGCAUCAAUGACCUUAACGCGCUGGACACAAACCUUCUGUUUGACCCCAACCAGCAGCAAGGGCAAUAUCAAAACACAGCUCAGGAAGAGUUGGUGAACGAUCCGCUGUUCCAGCAUAUCACCAGCGAGGCGGCGCACACGAGCGGACUCGACUGGUUAGAAAGCAAAGAUCAUCCAACUGUUGGGUUGAUGGGCUGAGAACCAAGCCUUUUUAAAACCAUGUUGAUCUGUGAUCACUUGUUUGUUUUAUUUAUAUUCAGACAUUUACACUGGACACAUUGAGGUUUGCCCAGUUUAAGUGCCAGGCUGAACUGCAACAAUGCUGCAACUCUCUGAUUAAGAUGCUGGUCAUCUCCCUUUAAUCAGAGAACGUCACCUCAUGUUGUUUGAUCAAGUGCAUUUCCAACAGGUGAACAGAUGUUACUGAACAAAAAAAGAAACCUAAUCCUAAACCUGUCUUAUUACAUUGUGUUCAGAGUCAGUGAUUGGAAAAAACAACAACAGAGCCAUACAUUUCUUGUCUAAAGAAAAGUGGAAAUUAAUGAAACAAGAUUACCAUCAACAAGUCUGUUACAACCAUAAUGCUGUAUAUCAUUAUAUCUGAAUAUAAGGCAUUAACUAAUUAAAGAACUAGGUAUGAAAUGACAAAAUAUUAUGUGAGACAUUUGUGCAAUCACAGAAAAAACUGGAAGUAUCACAAUCAUCAAGUCUGAAGAAGCUCACCAUCUGUGCAAGUACAAGUCGUCCUUGUUGGAGCCUUAGCUGGUUUCAGUGCAUUUUCUGUAGCUGAAAAAGAUGUGAACAACAAGACAUGUUUUAAAGUGUACUCACAUACAGUCUAAAUAGAAAACUCAUCUAGUGACGCAAAAAAUAUUAAUCCAUGUCAAUCCAGUAUAUAUAUAUAUAUUCUUAUAGUCAGUCAUUGCUGAUGAUUGAGUCGCUUGGAGCAUAUGUGUAUAACAGGAGUUGGGUGAAUUUAAAAUAAGAAAUGUUUUAGCUGUUUAUCUAAUCAUAAAUGCACUAGUGGAACAUAUGAAGCGAAUCUGUUAGUACUUUGAAAAUAUACUAGAACCACAAAAGGAAGUCAUAAAGGUGUCAUUUCCAAAGUUCUGGUCAUUAUAUACACAUUUUUCAAGCUGUGCAAUUUUGUUCUUUUAUUCUCAGAGGCUUCUGAAUCAGCCUGUAAAUCUGAAGAGCCAAGUCAACCUCCCUUCUUUUAAUCAUCAAGAGAUUCAAACACCUGAGCAAAACAAACAGAGCUCACAAACUUCAUGACGUCAGUGAUAAUUGGGCCUCUUUAUGCACAUUCCUUUAUUUUAACAAGUCACAAAAGUUUGAAAAAAAAGUAGUUGUGUUUAAUCAUAAUUAUAAAGCUCUAUUGAAUCCCUUUAAUUUACAUGCAUUUAAUCCAAAGAUAUAUCAAGAAAUAUAAAAAAAAAUAUGCUGUAAGAAAAAAAUCAGGAACAGAUUCAUGUCAAAGAAAAACAAGUUCUCUUAGUGGUUCUGAGUUGUUGUUAAGUGUGGACACAUUAAGCCAGGCAGGGUGACCUCUGUUUUGCAAUGAGGCACCAAAGUGGCAUUAUGCAAAUAUUUACAUGGCAUUUAUAAGGUAGUUAUGUCACACAGAGCACUGUGAAGGAUUAUGCAUAACUUUCAUGUUGUAGUGCUAUAUACAAGCAGUGAGAGAUGAGGGCUCAGUCACUGGGAAAAAGGGAAACAAUUUACCUAAUAAUUAAAUUAAAACCCUUAAAUGGGAGGUCCCUGCACUAUGUAAAUCUUGUAUAAAAGAAUAAUUAUUAGAAGGUGAAAAAUAAUGUGAAGUGAUUUCCUUGGCACUCAUUUAAUGCAUUAUUUGCAUUGUGUGGCAACAGAGUUGGAGGUGAAGGUUUAGAUGAAAGUAAAAGGAACUUCAUUAACACUUAAGUUCAUCACACUGCACUGACAAUCUGUGAUAUUUGUGUUUCUUUAUAAAAAUGCACUGUCUGGUUUGGAUGAUACAGGAAUAUUUUUCACUGCCUGACGUGAGGAAUCAAUCAGUGAUCAAAUUUGAAAGUCCAGCUUUUAAACUAGUGAUGAACAGUGUGUAAAAUCCACCGACUUUAAGGUGCUUCUAAGGGUUUUUGGUUUCUGAGCCUUAUGUCCAUACCAAAGUCUAACUUUUUAAUAUAACAUGCAAUAACCUGCACUCUAAUAUCUCAUAUGUGAUGGACGUACUGAGAGCAGCUGUGACAAGCAUUUUCUGUCAUAGGUGGGAUAAAAUGGGAAAAGUGAAAAAUUACAGCACUGGAAAAAGAUUUGUCUCUAAGAUUAAUGCAUCAGGACGAUAUUAAGGGAUUCUUUGUUUACUAUUGUUGAUGCUUUUCUAAACCCAACAGGUACAAGUUUUUAUUGAGGCAGAAAACAAAAAACAAAAACCACUGUAAUUUACUCCUGAACUGUUUCUCUGUGUUAGUAUUAGACCCCUGAGUGUAUAUCAUUGGUCACACUAACUUUAUUUGUUGUACAGAUUGUUGGUGUGGCCACUUGUCUGGUGUGUUAUGGUUAUUUAUUUAGAGCGUGUGUCAUUUGUACAGAGCAAACCAUAUAAUCGUGUGUAUUCACAAUAAUCUGACCUGCGCUGUUUUGUAGCAUAAGCGUCAUAGCAUAUUACCACCAAUCAUACAGCAAUUCCUCUGUCAACAGACGAUUCGUCUAAUAUAUAUGAUGGUGAGGUAACAAAAUUCUCAAGAUUGAGUUUGCUAUUCUAAAUCCUUUCAGAACAGAAAAUUAUCCCAGAAGAGAUUUGCACAAGUUUUAAAACAUUUAAAUGAGACUAUCCAUACUUAUACAGUGUAAUAUUAAUGUCAUGAUGUACUGCUAAUGCAGAACAUUGAAUCUUUGAGUGUGCUGACAAAUCAAUGGUUGUUUUAUACAGAUAACAGAACUUUUAAGUUCUAUAAAAGCAGAUUGUAUCAUUGUAAUAUGUAAUCUCAUUUUGAGUCUAAUUUAAUAUUGAGUAUUCUAGACAAACUUUUCUUGUUUAUAUUCAGUUUUUGAAUCAGUUCUCUCAGUUUUGGUGUUUUACCUAACUGUGUGUCUGUGAAAACAUAUGCAUUUAUUUCUUUAGCACUGAUGUUUGUGUUAAAUAAAGACGUUACCCUUCCUCUUGUUGUACGUGGUUCAGAGCUGUAGAGCUGCCCUUCACUGUAGUCAUGUUGCUGUGGUCAGUGUACAGGGAAUUUUUUCUUUUCUUUUUUUGGCAUUUUAGCAAGUGCUUUUAUAAGAGGAAGUGCUUGUUGAUACUGGUUUUUAAAGACUUUUUAACUAAUAAACAUUUUUAAGUACAUCAGUA